CACGCGUUCGUUCCCCAAUUUCAGAAAACACGAAACGUGAUUCAGUCCCAAAGUUCAGAAAUCAAGCGUGAUUCAACCGUUGCAUGAUUCAGAAAACGCGAUUCAUCUAUUCUUCUUCUGCUUCUGCUCAUAAUCGAUUCAUUCCAUUCCGUUCUGUUGCCUCUUCCAACGUAGAACCCUAUCUUUUCGGUUCUGUUAAUUCUUCUCACAAGCUCAAAAAUCGAUUUUCUCCAUAAACCCAUGAACCCUUAUCCAUUCAGUUGUUUACCUGAGAAAGAUGAAAAAACAUAAUUCAUUCAAAGAAAGCGACGAACCCUAGCCUCACUCUAAAAACGCGAUUCAUUCUCUACUUUUCAGAUUUGAUUUAUAUAAUUGUAUAUGUUUUGAUUUAUUUAUUUAUUAUAUUCCUGAUUAUGUGAGAAAAAGCGAUUUGAUGAAAUAGAUGUUGGACAGUAGAGGAGUAGCUGAGUAUCUUCCGGAUGAGGAAUUUGGAAAACCUUCUAGCCUUCCUACCCUGUUGUUUAGUACCAAAGGAAAAGAAAAAGCAAGAGAGAGAAGAUGAUGAUUCAGAUGAGCCGAAAGGAAAGGAAAAGCGGCAGAAGGGAGGAUUAGGAAAAGGUUUUCAUGCUCCACUUCAGUUAUCCGAUGCCCUUGCGAAGUUCCUUGGAGAAAGCGCAACAUCUGAUGUCAUUAAAAGAAAGUGGGAUUAUAUAAAAGGAAACAACCUUCAGCCAUAUGUUGGGGCUGCUGGAAUCAUUGUUCCAAUCAUAGUGUACGCAAACUUGAUUAUGUCCGUGCAAGACAUACCAAGACAGUUUAGGAAUUUAUUGGAGUAUUGGGAAGAUGAAAAAAAUCAAGAAGUAAGUCAUCAAAAUGCCCAAAAUAUAGCUCAACUAAAAUAUAGACAUCGUACGGGGAAUAAAACCUUUGCUGUUAUAAGAGAAAAAAUGCGUGUAAGUAGUGAAGAUAAAGAGCCUCCAACUCAAGCUCAAGUUUUCAUUGCUACUCGACAAAGUAGGAAAGGAAAGGAGUUGGAUAAAGAAACAAACAGUGCAAUUAUAAAGCUUCAAGACAUGAUUGAAAAUAAUGGGCAGCCUUCUUCAGAAGCCUUUCAAAGUAUUGUUGGCAAAGAAAAACCUGGGAGAAUGCGUUGCCACGGAAGAACCACAACCCUCACGCUCUUGAAAAGAAAUGAAGAAAUUAAAAAACUUAAAAGAGAGCAUGCUGAUGAGGUUGCCCAAGUUAGGACAGUGGUCUGAUUAGUUUGAUUGUGAAUGAUUGACAAUAUUAGGACAUUACGUUGAUCGAUGUUAUUAUUUUGAUAUAUAUGAAUGAUAAUCAUUUUAGUUUAAUUUGUAUGUCUU